AAUAGAUCAAAAUUAGGAAAUUAAUGGGAAAGAAUAAUUAAAAAACAACAUGAACAUAGUAAAAGCUGAAGAUUGGCAAUCCUGGCUACACAUCACGUCGUGACGUCGACGCAUAUUGUUGCUCGUGUCUGUCUCACCGUUUUAUUGACAGCUCAUUUUACACGAAGUGUCUUAAUCAACCGUCAAGAUUGAGAAUAAAAUGCGGCGAGCUCAUUCAAAUUAUGCCUAUGAACCUGUACCAACGACAUCGAGUCACAAUGGUGUGGAGGAUGAGAAUGAAAGAAUGACGGAUCAUUUAAAGGAUAAAAUUCAUGCUCUGAAGUCAUUGUCGAUCGACAUUGGAAAUGAAGUACAAUAUCAAGAAAAAAUGCUUCGUGGGAUGGAUGAAGAUUUUGAGAGAACAAGCGGUUCGUUAACAGGAUCCGUUGCACGUGUCUUACGCUUGUCCAAAGGAAGCCAUUCUUACUACAUUCUCUAUUUAUUUCUGUUCUCUGUAGCUGUAUUUUUUGUAUUAUGGAUAGCAAUGAAAUUUUUCUAACCAUAAAAAGCUUUUAAAUUGUUAAGAAAUUUGAAGGGUGGAUUCAUUCCUAAAUUAUUUCGAUAUAUAGUUGCAUAGAAUAAUCUUUGAUUAUGAUAGGCAAUAUUCAUGUAUAAAGGUCAGGAAUACUUUAAACUAAUUUAGGAUAAG